AGUCACAUGCUCACUGUUUACAACACUUGCAUCAUCAUAAGCUUUCGUUACACAGUUACACUUUCGACUGUGACACACAGAUUAAAUUCCAAACCAGCUUGGUAUAUAAACUUGGAUCGUUUUUGUUUGGCACAUUACAGUUGAUGUCAUUUGCCGAAUCAUGGAGGCGAAGAUUGUAACACUUGUGAUUGUUCUCAGCGCUGCUGUCUGUAUUUCGGCCCAGAAAUAUUUCCAACCGGGGAAACCAUGUUACAGAACUGAAAUGGACAAAAAGGAAAAGGGGGUCAGUACCUAUCCAAGGCCUCACUGGGACAUGAAGGUGUCUGAUCUCCCCAAACAGUGGGAUUGGCGCAACAUCAGUGGAGUGAACUACGCAAGCACAACCCGAAACCAACACAUACCUCAGUACUGUGGUAGCUGCUGGUCUAUGGGCCCAACUAGCUCAUUAGCUGAUCGCAUCAACAUCCUUCGCAAAGGUGCCUGGCCAUCAGCCUACUUGUCCCCACAGAAUGUCAUCGACUGUGGCGGUGCUGGUAGCUGUGAAGGAGGGAGUCCAAUUGGAGUCUAUCGCUACGCUCAUGAGAAAGGAAUUCCCGACGAGACUUGUAAUAACUACCAGGCCAAGAAUCAAAAUUGUACCCCUUUCAAUGAGUGUGGAACUUGCUCGACGUUUGGAGAUUGCUUUGCCUAUUCAGAGAAGAACUACACUCGUUGGAUGGUGGGCGAUUACGGACCAAUCUCUGGCCGCGAGACAAUGAUGAAGGAAAUCUUCAAAAAUGGACCAAUCAGUUGCGGGAUCCAAGCUACACCAGAACUGGAGAAAUUCAGAGGAGGCAAAGUGUACACACAGUAUGUACCAGAUCCUGAGAUCAACCACGCCAUCGCUGUAGCUGGCUGGGGAGUGGAUGAGACUGGCAUUGAGUACUGGGUCGUCCGCAACUCCUGGGGACAACCCUGGGGUGAGGCUGGAUGGUACCGCACCGUCACCAGCACCUACAAGAACGGCAUGGGAGGCCAGUACAAUCUAGGAAUAGAAAACAGCUGUUCCUAUGGCGAUGUUAUCAGUGUAUAACGCUAGAAGUCUUUAGGAGACAUUAGUUCUUUGCUACUGUAAUAUGAAAUAGUGUCGAAAGAGAUGCGGAUCAUUGGCGCUCCGCACUCCUGGCUCUGUGCUUUACCGAACAGUCACUGUUUGUUUUUUUGCCUUUACUUUCCGUUUGUCUCUCGCAGCUCUCACAAAUUGUAUAUGCUUGUCCUUUCGUACGUUACGUUCUGUCAUAUUUUUGUUGAACUUUUACCUGACAUGGAAAAGCCUUCUGAUCUGUAGGUUGCCUAACGUGGCAUUAUAUCACACCAACAACAACAGAGAUGCAAUAAUAAUCAAGUACUAACCAAAGACUCUAUCGUCUAGGAUUAGAUAUACAUGUACAUUGUACACAUGUAUAUGUUCAUGUUUAAAAAAAACCCGGAAAAGUGGUUCAGGUUGAACAAAAAAAACUGACUAGAGCGAGAUUAGAAAUUUCUACUUUCUGCUUUAUGUUAAUUUAUUAACAAUGAAUGCACAAAAAGUCUACUUAUUGUACCCCUGUUGAACAAAAGCAUACACCUAAAACAUGGCCGCUGUGCAAACCAUCUAUAACCCUUCAUUUUGAAAAUUUGAAAACAUUGCUGUAAUUUGAGGAUUAUCCCCUGGUAUCCAGUGAUUCUUAAAGUGUUAUAAUAGUGCAUGUGAACCAGUGAGGGAAAAGCUCCCACUUCUAUACUGGUUCCCGCCCAAUCCUUUGGGAAUUUGAAUGUAAAGGAGGGUUGGGUACCAGCUUUCCGUUAUCAUAAUUGGAUAAAACCCUGGAUAAUCUGUUGUAUUGAGUUUUUUUCGUGUUAGUUGUUAUUUUAAUGUGCUGUGCACAAAAAGGUUUACAGUGUAGUUGUGCCUUUCCAAGCAUUACAAAACCAUUGCCCUCCGUCUCUCAUAUUUGCCCUAAUGCAUAAGGUCUAUUCUCAAAUGCAAACUGAUCUAUGUAAUGUUAGUUGAUAAUUUGAUUAACGUUAGUGAACUUCAUUUGUCCUUAAUGUUAUGCUAUAACAGCCUUGUUUACUUGUAAAGUCUAGAAUUAUUCUACUUUUCUAACUUUUAUAGAUUUUUCUUUCAAAUUGGGUAUUGAAUAAACCACAGUUUCUCAAAA